CUAAAGCUUUUGUUUGCAGCUAUUUCAUAGUAAACGUUUACAUACGGCAUAACUAUGCGGUGGAGCCCGGGCCAGCUUUCUGCUUUCGUUCUCUCCUUGUGCUCGCUGUCUCUGACGUUGCAGCAGGCGGCGGUCACCGCACACAGCGAGCUCGCGGCGUUGCCGUCCCAGAGAAGGACCAGCGGAGAUGUUAAUUCUCUGGCUCCUGUUGACUGUCAGCUAAGCCAGUGGUCCGAGUGGACUGAUUGCUUUCUUUGCCAAGAGAAAAAACACAGGUACCGGACCCUGCUGCAGCCUGCCAAGUUUGGGGGGAGGCCGUGCGCGGGCCACCUCUGGGGCGAGGAGCACUGCCACGCCGCCGGGAGCUGCACCAGGAGCCACCACUGCGGAGAGGACUUCCAGUGCCAGGAAACCGGUCGCUGCAUUAAACGUCACCUCGUAUGUAACGGGGAGGCAGACUGCAGAGAUGGGUCUGACGAGGAUAACUGCGAGGAGGAAGAUAUCGAAAGCUACUGUGAAAAUCUCUUCCCAAUCCCAGGGGCUGAAAAAGCUGCCCAGGGAUACAAUAUCCUAACACAGGAAGACAGCCUGCACAUAUAUGAUCCUAAUUUUUUUGGAGGCCAAUGUGAGUAUGUUUACAACGGAGAGUGGCGGGAACUGAAAUACGACUCUGCAUGUGAACACCUGUACUACGGAGAUGAUGAGAAGUAUUUCCGCAAGCCUUACAACUUUCACGUGUAUCAGUUCCUAGCCCAUGCUGAUUCUGGAUUCUCCUCAGAGUUUUACGACGAUUCAAAGGACCUGCUCAGGGCCCUCAAAAAUGAUAGAUUCGAAACAGGAGGCUUUACCUUUGGAAUUGGGCCUCAGUCCUUGCAGUUUGAGCUUGGUUUAAUUUUAUCAUACAAGAAAGGAUCCCUGAAGAAUUUCACACAGUAUGAUGCAAAGGAGGUUGGAUUCAUCAGAAGUGUCACGAAGGUGCAGACUGCCCGCUUCAAGAUGAGGAAGGAGAACAUUGUUUUGGAUGAAGGUAUCUUCCUUUCCCUGCAGGAGCUUCCGAACAAAUAUGACUAUGGGAUGUAUGCCAAGUUCAUCAACGACUAUGGCACCCACUUUGUGACAUCCGGGACAAUGGGAGGUGUCUUCGAGUACAUCCUUGUCGUUAACAAAGAAGAAAUGAGAAGAAAAGCCGUCAGCUCUGAAGACAUAGCUUCCUGCUUCGGCCUAUCAGCGGGCAUCGUAGUUGCAAAGUCCGAACUAGACUCGAGAGCGUCCAUGUCGCACUCUGAAUGUGAAAAUAAAGGAUUUCGUAAAACUGAUCCUCAGAGCAACAGUGCUGUUGUGGAAGACAUUAUCCCCCGGAUUAGAGGUGGAGAUAUCAGUUACAGCGGAGGCCUCUUAGAGAGCUGGGAUUCCAAUAUGUAUCGGCACUGGGGAAGGUCAUUAAAAUAUAAUCCUGCUGUUAUUGAUUUUGAGCUGCAACCCAUACACGAAAUCAUCCGCAGAAGCAACCUUGCCAACAUGGAAACCAAACGGCAAAACCUGAAGCGAGCUUUGGACAGCUACUUAUCGGAGUUCAACGCCUGCCGCUGUGGGCCGUGUCAGAACAACGGGGAGCCCGUGCUGGCAGGAGACACGUGUCUCUGCCAGUGCCAGCUGGGCUAUGGUGGCCCUGCGUGCAACCAGAGCAAACGCCAAGGCAGGGAGACGAACGGCCGCUGGAGCUGUUGGUCAGCUUGGACUCCCUGCCAGGCUGGAACAAGGAGCCGCAGCCGGCAGUGCAAUAACCCGGCCCCGCAGAACGGUGGGGCACCGUGCCCAGGGAAAAGUGUGCAAACCAAAGCGUGUUAA